AUGACUGACCCAUUAGACGACGUCCCAUAUCACGAUCCAUUCUCAUUCGAUCUCCCUUUAGUACUAGUAGAAGACCUCAAUUUCUCUGAUCCUCCUAACCCAAACCUUUCUGACAUACCUUCAUUGGUGAAACCCGAUUCGAAUCCUUACUUGAUUCCUCAAUCCAGCGACGAACUUGCGGACAACACCAUUGAUCCCUUCAAGGACUCGUUUGCUUGGGAACUGUGUGACGAUUCUAAUGGGGAUAAUCCUCAACUGACUCCCAUGGAAGUCCAUGGCGAAACAAGCAGCCAAGCCGAAACGUCCCAACAGCAAAUUCCAAGUUUUGAAAACUCAAUUCCUCUCCCGGUCUGGCCUUUGCCACCGGUCCCUUAUGGUUGCAGUUGUUGCCAAAUUCUAAGAGAAAUAAUUCAUACUAAUGGUACGUAUACUACAAAGCUUGAGGUUCAUGGAAGACCCGGACUGAUCAGUCAUGCUGUUCUCGAAAGUCACUACUGUGCCGUCGAUGGAAUCCCUCCAGAUCAUCAUAUGUUUGAUUUCUGCAAGAAAAGCAUAGAGGGUGUGAAGCAGUUUCUGCAGCAAUACUGCAAGGAACGUCGACAGGCCGGGUUCGCUAUGCUGCAGGAUCCACUCUCCCUAUUUUAUGAAGCCAUCUGCGUUGGAUUGGACUACGAAGAAUCUAUGAAUGCUGAUGAGUUUUUCCAACGGUCUCCAUCGCACUCUGGAGGAUGUCAAAUAAAUCACCCAGAGACCGAAGAGAAUCGCUCAGAGAGAACUCAGAAAAUCCCCCUUGCAGCACAGAGGGAGAGAACAGGAAAGUUAACUAUAUAUGACUUCACACGGUAUUUUCAUCUUCCCAUAGACAAGGCAGCUGAGGGAUUGAACAUAUGCCCUACUGUUGUGAAGAAGAUAUGCCGCAAACAUGGAGUGGAUCGAUGGCCUUAUAGAAAGGUCAAAAGCAUACAAAGGCAGAUGGUGAGAUUGAAGCCAAGUUUAAGGUCAAAGGAUGCAGCAGAAAGGGCACGCGCUCAAGCUGAGAUGGAGAGGCUGAAACAGGAGAUGACCAAUGCUUGUGGAGGAAUUGCCAUUCCUAUACCACGAUAUUCUGAUCAUGAUAAUUGA